AUGGAAGAAGAGGAAAUUUUUGACGAAGAUGUAGAGAAAGCAUUAGAGGGAAACUUCGAGGGAGAAAUAGAAGGCGGAUUAGAGGACGACUUUGUAGCCCUUGCUGGCGGCUUGGCCGAGCCUGUGCCAAAGUCACAUACACAACCUCGGGAGCCGGUUGUUCACUUCGAAAGCGAUGAGGUAACGAUAGCGAUGGAUGACGAAGAGUCAGACUCUGAUGAAGAGAAUUAUGAUGACGAAGACGUGCAGGAAACGGCACAAACAAAAGAGAUGCAGCGCGAAGGACCACGUCGAGAAAUUGACGAUCGGUUUGAUCAGCUGCUAGAAGCUGACUAUCACGAUGAUCAAUUAGGGGAACUAGAUGGCGAUGAUUAUCAAGUCGGCGGCACACUAGAGCCAGACGAUGAACGAGUGAAACGUAUGAUAAAAGAGAGCCACAAGGGUCCCGUUGAUGAUGAAGAGGCAUCAAAAGAAUGGACCAGGCAACGGUUGCGUCUAAUUGAGGCAAAUGUGAUCAAAGACGAUGACAUAAUGGAAACUGUCGAGGUAUGA